AUGUCUGUUAAUGAAAAUGGAUCACCAUCUGCAAGUUUUUCACCUAAUAGUGGUGUUAAGACCAAUAAAUUGAACGAUCAAAAUUUAAAAGAAUUGGUUUCCAAUUCUGAAUCCCGUUAUAUGAGUUCCCCUUCGCCAGGGGAUUCUAAUUCUAAUUCUAAUCCUCGUUCAUUUUAUGCAAACAGAAGAACGAGUAGUAGUACAGGCCUACAACCAAGUAAAUCAGCAAUCAACAGAAGGAGAUCUUCAGCAGUUAAUGAUCCAGCCAAUAGUAUAAAUAUUGGACCUUUUGGUCCAAUUAAUGAAACUGCUAGCAGAAGAACUUUUGCCUAUUUGAUUGCAAUUUUAAAUGCUUCUUUUCCAGAUCAUGAUUUCUCAUCUUUGGAACCAACAGAUUUUUUGAAGAUUUCAUUGAAAUCGAUGAUAUCAAAAUUUGAAAAUUCCCUUUAUUCCUUGGGGAAAAACCCUGAAGAAUGGAUGUGGGAGAUAAUAAAUUCUCAUUUGGAUAUGCCAGAUUGCGUAAUAUAUCAGUACAGUCCGCCUAGAUCAUUUUUAGAUGAUGAACCAGGAUACCUUUGGAGCCUUGUAUUUUUCCUUUUCAAUAAAAAGAGGAAAAGAGUGGCUUACUUAUACCUAAUCUCAUCUAGACUAGAAUCUCCAACAGAAGGGAAUGUCAAUGAAGAUGAAGAGAGGGAAAAGUUAAAUCAGAAGAGGAGAACAGUGAUUGACGAUGAAGCGGCGGACUAUGAAGGUGAAUACGAUUUGGUUUAUGAUGAGAAUGCAAUCGAAGAUGAUGCAGAUGAUGCUGUGGAGGUUACAAGCUAA